AUGUCGUCAUCGGCGCCAGAAGAAGUCGAAUCGAUGGAGAUCGUCCACGAGAAGCUGGAGCACCUGGUGCACUCGUGCAACUGCCGCUUGCCCAAAUGUCCCCAGGUGCAUUGCCGUAGAAUGAAGAAGGUGGUCGCCCAUGCGAUCAAGUGCGAGGCCCGUAGGACGGGACAGUGUCAGCUCUGUCGCCGACUCAUCGCUCUCUGCUCCUACCACUCGCAGCAGUGCCAGCGCGCCGUCUGUCGCGUUCCGUUCUGCAUGAACAUUCGGGCGGCCGAGAAAGAGAAGGAGGACGCGGUCGAGGAGAACGUGAUCGUCGACAAGUCUCAGGAGGACGUCGGGACGGAGUGA